CGCGCCCUGCGGCAGGACUCGCCCGUGCCGCUCCCGGGAGACGGAGACCUCCUUGUCAGGAACAGAUUUGUCGGCAUUAAUGCAUCUGACAUAAACUACUCCGCUGGUCGAUAUGAUGCCUCAGUUAAGCCCCCAUUUGACGUAGGUUUUGAAGGUGUCGGUGACGUGGUAGCAUUAGGGCUCAGUGCUAGCGCCAGUUAUACCGUGGGUCAGGCCGUGGGCUAUGUGAAGGCAGGUUCCUUUGCUGAAUACACCGUUGUGCCGGCCAAACAAGCAGUUCCUCUGCCCUCUGUGAAACCCGAGUUCCUUACUUUAAUGGUAAGCGGCGCUACCGCGUACAUCAGUUUGAAAGAGCUGGGAGAGCUGUCUGAAGGCAAGAAGGUUCUGGUGACGGCCGCAGCUGGAGGAACGGGCCAGUUCGCUGUGCAGCUUGCAAAGAAGGCAAAAUGCCAUGUAAUUGGAACCUGCUCCAGCGAUGAAAAGGGUGGUUUUCUGAAAUCCAUCGGCUGUGACCGUACGAUCAACUAUAAAGCUGAAAGCGUUGAGUCUGUUCUUAGGAAGGACUACCCCGAAGGUGUGGAUGUGGUGUAUGAAUCUGUUGGGGGAAAGAUGUUUGACUUGGCUCUUAACUCCUUGGCUACCAAAGGGCGCCUGAUAGUGAUUGGGUUUAUCGCUGGCUACCAAAACCCUACUGGCCUCCAGCCCAUCCAAGCGGAGUUACUGCCAGCAAAACUGUUGAAGAAGUCUGCCAGCGUCCGGGGUUUCUUCUUGAACCAUUACCUUUCCGAAUACAAAAUGGCUCUGAAGCACUUGCUGGAGAUGUAUGACAGAGGAGACCUGGUUUGUGAGGUGGACUUUGGAGACAUGUCUCCGGAGGGCAAGUUCAUUGGCUUGGAGUCUGUAUUCCGUGCUGUAGAUUACAUGUACAUGGGAAAAAACAUUGGAAAAAUUGUAGUUGAAUUACCUCACUCUGUCAACAGUAAGCUGUAA